AUGGCGUGGCUACCGUUUCGCGACAAUUGCGACUUGGUUCUUAAGCUCAAGUCACUGAAGAACACCGACUUGCAUCAACUCUUUUUCAAGCUCCUGGGACAAAUAUACUUGGAGGAGCACGUAUUGAUUAGCAAAUGCAAAGAAUGCUACGACCAAGCCAAAAAGCGAUUUCAGGAUGAACCUGACUUGUCGGAAGCCAGGAGUCAACAAAUCGUCGACCAAGAGAUCAGCAAGGCACAAAAGGCCCUGAGUGGGAUUGAAAAUGCUGCUCUCCGCAGUCGAAGACGGGACAUGGACCGGCUUGGCACCGAUGAGCAUGACCAAAGACAAAACCAACGACUUGGGGAUGUUUCUGUCAAGCUCAAGUAUCUAUUUGAUGAGAACAAGGCCAAGGUAGACAGUGACAAACUCCACAACUUCAUCGAGUGGCUGUCAACUUGCCCAUUCCGUGUGCAUCACAACUCGGUGUCGAGUAGGCUGAUGCCAGAGUCUGGUACAUGGCUCUCGAACCACUCCGUGUAUCAGAACUGGUUGCAAUCGUCCUCAUCAUCCAUCAUCCGAACCAACCUGGUCAGGCUGGGGAGUCGCGGCUGUGUCGAGCUCAUCCUGGAGCUUACAAUGAGAAGGAGAGCAUAUAUCGCACUCGAUGCGAUUGACGAAUUACGGCAGGAGGCUCGUUCUGAGCUUAUUGAAUCCCUCCAUCGUAUCGUCAACGAGUCCGACGGACUGGCCAAAGUGCUUGUCACCAGUCGCAACGAUGCCCAGAUCGAAGGCCUCUUACAAUCUGCAACCACGAUAGAGGUUUCUCCUGCGGAAAAUCAAUGCGACAUUGAGAAGUUCGUUGCGUCGCAGCUGAGGACAAUAGUGCGUGGUCGACGACUUCUGAACGGCAGCGCGUCAGAGACGCUGUUGGAAAAGAUGCGCGUCUCGUUGAUCAAUGGGGCGCGAGAGAUGUUCUUGUGGAUUCAACUACAGAUCGACUGUCUGUGUCGCAAGAAGACGGAGCACGAUAUCAUCACUGCUCUCGACGCCGGCCUGGCGGAAAAUUUGGACAAGAUCUACGCCGAAACCUACAAAUCAUUCCUUGAAUUGGACAGAACCGCAAAAUCUGUGGUCAAAGGGGUCUUCUCCUGGAUUCUUUAUGCGAAAAGUCCUUUGACAAUCAAUGCUCUACGCUGCGCACUGGUGUUGGGCCCAGAUCUCGCGAGCCAACCUGAAGCAGUAACGCUUCCUGAUCUAGUCGAUGUUUGCUACAACCUGGUGGUUCUAGACUCGACAAUGAACACACUUCGCCUCUGCCACCCAUCUGCUAGGGACUACAUGCGCCAACAACACAUGUUCUCAGAGGUCUCUGGAAACCAGCUUUUGGCCGCAUCCUGCCUUGGAAAAUGCUCCCAGGGCCUGGCUGAUCCCCCAGAGUGGCUCUCAAGUCCCUACGCUAUUGACAACUUCUCCCUGGACGGAGAAGACUACGAGGACGCCCUCCAGAAGACCGCCGAGGCGGGCUUUCGGGAUGCUGUUGAGUACUUGAUGAAGCCCGAUGUAGCCAGAAAGUUUGGCCGAGACACCGGCAAGGAAGAACUUCGACAGCUCUACGCGGACAUGUGGAAAUGCUUGUUCUUCUUCACCAUCUUGGGAGACACUCGUGCUGUCCGCAAGCUCCUGGAAAUGGGUGCCGACGCUACAGCGGCAGCUUACAAUGGCCAUGAGGAAGCUGUCAAGUUGCUCAUUGAAGAGGGUGCUGAUAUAUACCGCGAGAGUAACAAGUUCAAGGAUGCACUUCACGCAGCAGUGCAAGGCGGUCACCUCGAGAUUGCCUCGUUUCUACAAGAGAAAUAUCCACCUCCUCCUGGGCGAAGUUUGCCAGCAAUCACACGCGGGGACCGCCAGGACACAGACGACGAGGCUGAUGGCGAGAGCGUGGAGUCGAAGGGUCUAAGUCAAAUGGAACUCACCGAUGAGGAGCCAAUCAAAUACGGCUUGGUGUUUGCGGCAACCAUUGGCAACAUUGCAACGAUCCGUCAAGAGCUACAGGCCUCCGCAGUGGCCGAGGACGACAUAACACAAGCUCUUGUGGCUGCCGCAGAGAAAGGAAACCACCAGGCUACCAAAGUGCUUCUGGAAGACGGUACCAUCGACUUUCCCGGACAAGUUCAAUAUUGCACCGACGACGACGAGGACGAAGCAGCCGUGCGCGGCCGGAAUAUUCAUACUCUCAACCGCCUUCUCGAGAUGACCGAGCAAGGGACUUAUGAUAGAAGCGAGCUCAUCCCAUCGUUCAUGGAAGCUUGCCGGGAGGGGUUCGAUGCAGGAGUUUUGCAGCUGUUGAACCGGAACAAGGGCGUUCUUCAGGCCAACGAAAUAUCCCAUGGGAUGGCCGCGGCAUCAGCCUCGGGUCACAAGAGAAUAGUUCUCAAGCUGCUCCACAACUUGAAAUGCGAGCGAAGAGGCACCGCUUUCAUCAACUAUGUAGUCCAGAACGCUCUGCUCAGUGCAGCUGGAGUCGGGGAGUCGGACGUCAUUCAGCACAUGCUCGAUGAUACGGAUAUUCGGGAUCACAAAGACUUCGACGCCAUCAUUACCCGCGCUCUAGUAACGGCAUACGUGGUGCCGAGUCUUCGAGAUGAGGACAGUCUGUUUGGCCACCGCCUCCCGCAUCCUCCUCAGCAUCUUUACUCGUACCCUAGGCGCCAGGCGCCAUUCUUGCCCAGAAGUCGGCCUCCACUUCAUGCUAGUUUCAAUGACUUUGCAAGUGGAGAUGAUUCUGACGAUUCCUCUGAGAGCGACACUCAAGAGACAGAUGCAUUACGGGCCAGCAUCGAGGCCUUCGCUCGCAUCCGUUAUGGCGAAGCCUUGACUGGGUUUGACACCCAGUAUCCCGAAGAGCGAGCCAAAGAGGAACGACAAAUGGAAAUUGUGAGUCUCAUACUCGACCAUGUGACGGAUUUGAGCGAUCGCAACGGCGAGCAGGCUACUCAUCCGCUGCGAAUAGCCGCCCAAUGGGGCAAUAGUCAGGUUGUUCAAGUUUUGCUCAAGCAUGGCGCCGCGGAUGGCUUCAGUCCGGAACAGCUCACAGCCUUGAUUCUACUGGCAGCAGGUCGAAAAACCGGAAUUUCCCAUCUCAUUGUCUUGGAACUGCUCAAUUUUGAUCGUGAAACAUGUCUACCGACGACCAAAGAUGGGUCUCUGGAUCCCGCCGUGCUGGGGACAAUCGGCAAUGCUAUUCGCUUGUUGCAUGAUCCUGCAAGGGCUCAAGGCUACCAAAUACUAUCCAAGAGAGGCCUAUUUACUUCACAAAAGGCUGCUCGCGAUUUGAUGAAAGAUGGCAUGAGACAGUUGAUCCAGAUCAUAUUUCGCAAGUUGCCCCAUCAGACGGCAGGCGGCGGUGUCUUUGGCGACCUCCUCCACGUGGCAGCGGUUGCUGGUGACUUGUCCACCGUCAGGCAGCUGAUCAAGCACGGCGUUGACGUGAAUCACGCCAUGUUCUUCAGUCACUCGCCCCUUGGUGCUGCCGCCGAGUUUGGCCAAGUCCAGGUCAUGAAAGCCCUCACAAGAGCGAAAGCCAGGGUCCACUCUGAUGAACGGAGGCAGAUGGGACAGAUAUACGGUGCUCAGGAACCAGCUAUAAAGGCUAUCCUAGGAGGCCACGUCUCCGCCCUGAAGCUGCUGCUCGACGAAGGCGCUGAUCCUAAUCUUUACGCUGGCGAUGAAUCACUCCUCCUUCUUGCUGCUCAGAGCAAGACUCCAGCAAUGCUAAAAUACCUUCUGCAGGCUGUAGCUGAUCCAAAAGCAGAUCCUCUUGCCUUGGUUACCGCCGCACAUGAUGGCGAGCUGGAUAUGGUCAGCUCUCUUCUUGACGCUGGCGCAGACGCAAAUUCCCUGGCUAUCCACGGAACAAGCUAUCGAGAGCAGCACCUCAGCAGCCCCCUGUACAUUGCCUGCGAGCAGGGUCGUACUGAGAUCGUCCACGUACUUCUGGAACGCGGUGCUGAUGCUAACCUCGAAGUUGGGGACCAUGAUGGUCUUUCUCUUGUUGUCGCCGCCCGUCAAGGUCAUGUGGACAUUGUCGAGGCCCUCCUCCAACACGGUUGCAAUCCCACUGCCUGGAGCGAAGGCUUUGGGGCAAUUUCUUCCAUUGACCAGCGCAAAUUCGGUUCAGCGCUACGUGAACGAGACUUCCAACUGAAUGGCGGCUCCUCUCAGACCCGGGGUUAUGUUGCGGUUCCCCGGGAUGGUCCGGCCCCCGAAUCUAAGUCUAUCGAUUCCGAAUUAGAGGGUGAAGUCUGCCUCAACGCCAUUGAAAGCGCCUGUGUAGGCCAAAAGGGAGUAACAGCUAGCUUGAAAAUCCUCAAAGUCCUGCUCAAGUGGGUUGACGAUCCAGACAAACGUGAAGAAGUCUGCUUGGAAGCAAUGCGGCAGGUUUCUGACGCCCAGAAUAAGCGCAUGUUUGAAGCACUGUUGGAAUACGUGCCUCUGGACUCUGUUGCGCUUGAUCUUGCUAGCCGAUGCGGCUCCGUGAAAUCUGUGCAGACGAUCUUGAGCCGAGGCAUAAGCAUCAAUGCCGCUAGUCCAGGUGGCAAAGUGCCACUACAAGUGGCCGUCGACUACGGGCAUUGGGAUUUGACACAAUUCCUGGUGACCAACGGAGCAAAUUUGGAGACUCGACUAGACGAGGACUCGCCACUCAACCUUUAUCGCCUAGUGGCUUCUAUCAUUGAAUCCUACGCAUUCUCCACCCUGGCGAAGCACAAGAGCAUCACAAAAUAUCUCUCAUUCUUGCUUGUCAUGUUGGAAGUGUCGAGAUAG